CAUACAAGAAUAACAAAUAUAUAUUGGGUAGGUCAGUUCUCCAUAAAUAAAUUGUUACCCAAGACACUCGGAUCUUCAUCUUCCUCUUCCUCUAAUCGCACUCUCACAUCUCUUCUCUUCUCUUCGAUCCCAAUCGCCAUGACGGAACCCUCUUCUUCCGAUCCGAAAGCUCAGCCGUCGCAGAAAAAGGACUUUUCAACAGCUAUCUUGGAGCGCAAGAAAUCUCCGAAUCGCCUUGUUGUUGACGAAGCUGUCAAUGACGAUAACUCCGUCGUCGCUAUGCACCCUGCCACUAUGGAGAAAUUGCAGCUUUUCCGUGGUGAUACCAUUCUCAUCAAGGGCAAGAAACGAAAAGACACAGUCUGCAUUGCCCUUGCUGAUGAAACAUGUGAUGAACCGAAAAUCAGAAUGAACAAGGUUGUUAGGACUAACUUAAGAAUCCGUCUCGGUGAUGUUGUGUCAGUACAUCAGUGUCCAGAUGUCAAGUAUGGAAAACGCAUACACGUUCUUCCACUUGAUGACACCAUCGAAGGUGUCACGGGAGACUUAUUUGAUACAUUUCUGAAACCUUACUUCUUGGAGGCAUAUAGACCUGUAAGGAAAGGGGAUCAUUUUCUCGUUAGAGGAGGGAUGCGCAGCAUCGAAUUCAAAGUAAUCGAAACCGAUCCAGGGGAAUAUUGUGUUGUCGCUCCCGACACUGAGAUCUUUUGUGAAGGUGAGCCGAUUAAGAGAGACGACGAGGAUAGAUUGGAUGAGGUGGGCUAUGAUGAUGUAGGCGGUGUCAGGAAACAAAUGGCACAGAUUCGUGAAUUGGUGGAACUACCGUUAAGACACCCGCAACUUUUCAAGUCAAUAGGAGUCAAACCCCCGAAAGGAAUCUUGCUCUAUGGACCUCCUGGUUCCGGAAAGACACUGAUAGCAAGAGCCGUUGCUAACGAAACCGGAGCUUUCUUUUUCUUAAUCAACGGUCCAGAAAUCAUGUCGAAAUUGGCUGGAGAAAGUGAAAGCAAUCUCCGAAAGGCGUUUGAGGAGGCCGAGAAGAACGCGCCAUCGAUUAUUUUCAUUGAUGAGAUAGAUUCUAUAGCUCCGAAGAGAGAGAAGACUAACGGUGAAGUUGAAAGAAGGAUUGUGUCACAGCUUUUGACACUUAUGGAUGGGUUAAAAUCGCGGGCACAUGUUAUUGUAAUGGGGGCCACAAAUCGCCCGAACAGCAUUGAUCCUGCUCUUAGACGGUUUGGUAGGUUCGAUAGGGAAAUUGAUAUUGGUGUCCCGGAUGAAGUUGGACGUCUUGAGGUUCUUCGUAUCCAUACAAAGAACAUGAAGCUUUCUGAAGAUGUUGAUUUGGAAAAGAUAUCUAAAGAAACACAUGGUUAUGUUGGUGCUGAUUUGGCUGCUCUUUGCACUGAAGCAGCACUUCAAUGCAUUAGAGAAAAAAUGGAUGUUAUCGAUUUGGAAGAUGAAUCUAUUGACGCUGAGAUACUCAACUCUAUGGCAGUCACAAAUGAACAUUUCUCUACUGCUCUUGGAACUAGCAACCCGUCUGCUCUGCGUGAGACCGUUGUUGAGGUUCCAAAUGUUAGCUGGGAGGAUAUUGGAGGCCUUGAGAAUGUUAAGCGUGAGCUUCAAGAGACGGUGCAAUAUCCGGUGGAGCAUCCAGAGAAGUUCGAGAAAUUUGGCAUGUCACCAUCGAAAGGAGUUCUUUUCUACGGUCCUCCUGGAUGUGGUAAAACACUGCUGGCAAAAGCUAUUGCAAACGAAUGCCAAGCAAAUUUCAUUAGUAUCAAAGGACCUGAACUACUAACAAUGUGGUUCGGGGAGAGUGAAGCUAAUGUUCGCGAGAUUUUCGACAAAGCCAGAGGAUCUGCACCAUGUGUCCUUUUCUUUGAUGAACUUGACUCCAUUGCAACUCAGAGGGGAAGCAGUUCUGGAGAUGCAGGUGGUGCUGCUGACCGGGUUUUGAAUCAACUAUUGACUGAAAUGGACGGAAUGUCUGCUAAAAAGACUGUUUUCAUAAUUGGAGCUACUAACCGACCUGACAUUAUUGACCCGGCUUUACUUCGACCCGGGCGUCUUGAUCAACUAAUUUACAUUCCACUGCCAGAUGAGGACUCACGUUACGCGAUUUUUAAGGCUGCAAUGAGGAAAUCCCCUGUUUCCAAAGAUGUUGAUUUGAGAGCACUUGCUAGGUACACUCAAGGGUUUAGUGGUGCUGAUAUUACUGAGAUAUGUCAACGCGCCUGCAAGUAUGCGAUCAGAGAGAACAUUGAAAAAGAUAUAGAAAGGGAAAGAAAGAGGAGUGAGAAUCCUGAUUCCAUGGAUGAGGAUGAUGAUGAUGUGGCGGAGAUAAAGGCGGCUCAUUUUGAGGAAUCAAUGAAGUAUGCACGCAGAAGUGUGAGUGACGCUGACAUCAGGAAGUACCAGGCGUUUGCUCAGACAUUGCAGCAGUCGAGAGGAUUUGGGUCUGAAUUCCGGUUCUCGGAGACGUCUGGUGGGGCUGCUAAUGCGUCUGAUCCGUUUGCUGCUUCUGGUGGUGGAGCUGAUGAUGACGACCUAUACAGUUAGGUUUUAUUAUAAACAAGGUGAUGUUUUAAGAAAGAAAUAGACUUUGAGGAUUUCCGUUCUGUUCUGGCAAUUUGGUUUCUCUUGAUGGGAGACAGAAGAAGACUUAUUGUGCAUUAUCAAGUGAUGGAAUCUUGUUUUCAUUUGAACAUGUGUUUAUGUAUGGUUUAACUUUAUACUCUUGCUUUGUUGGCAAAUACUACCUUUGAUGUUUCAACUAAAUUUUUUGGGUUUUCAAGCUCAUAUGACUUGAGCCUAGUAUUGCAUGCA